AUGAGCGGGAGAAUCCUCUCCCACCGUCUUGUUCCGCUUCUGCGGACAGGUCGUUUAGCCCGCCAUGUUCAUAACGCUGGAACCAGGACUGGCGGUCUUCUCCGUUCUAAUGGCAGUGCUGCACUACGGGGCCGAGCCUGGCCAGUAGGUGCCAAUUCGAUUCACAAUGUUCCCGCCGUGAGAAACAUCUCUUUUGCAAGAAUUCUUCCCAAGUUAGCGUUAAAGCUAGCUAGGGUACCGGCUAUAUUUGGAGGGGCGAUGAUUGCCGGUCUAGCUUAUUUACAAUACCAGGCUACACAGGCGGGGAACUAUGCUAUGGACGUUUUAAAGCGCGCGGGGGAGACAGCGGGUGAUACAGCUUCAGCUCUUUUCCAAGGACUCCAGGGUGUGGCUGAGCAGACACAGCGUGGUUGGCAAAAAACUACGGAGGAUGUGGAAGUGCCAGAGUGGCUCCAUAAGAUUCUUCGUCGUGAUGAGAAGUCGCAAUCUGGUGACGGUGGCUCGUCAGGAGACGGCAAAUCUCCGAAGGAGAGCAGAGUGGGUGUCGGUGCGGCCGGGGUUGCUACCGGCUCGGCAUUCGCAUAUGAUGCAGAGGAGGAUGAACACCGUUCCAACAGAGAAGCUGCCGAGGAUGACCAGAUGAUGCUUCUUACACGGAAAAUGAUCGAGAUCCGAAACAUUUUGCAGUCGGUUGGCCAAUCCAAUACGCUCACACUUCCAUCGAUCGUGGUUAUUGGCUCGCAAUCCUCAGGUAAAAGCUCUGUUCUCGAGGCUAUCGUUGGCCACGAAUUCCUUCCGAAGGGCUCGAAUAUGGUCACCCGUCGACCGAUCGAACUUACUUUGGUCAACACCCCGAACGCACAGGCAGAGUAUGGAGAAUUUCCAGCCCUCGGACUCGGAAAGAUCACCGACUUCUCUCAGAUUCAACGCACUCUGACCGACCUCAACUUGGCCGUCCCAGAAAGGGACUGCGUCACGGACGACCCGAUUCAGCUUUCGAUUUACUCCCCUAACGUCCCUGACCUCUCUCUUAUUGAUCUUCCCGGUUACAUCCAGGUAGCUGGACAAGACCAGCCGCCAGAAUUGAAGCAGAAAAUAUCGGAUCUCUGUGAUAAGUAUAUCCAGGCUCCGAAUGUAAUCCUAGCCAUAUCUGCGGCCGAUGUUGAUCUUGCCAACUCGACCGCCUUAAGAGCUAGUCGCAGGGUGGACCCCCGUGGUGAAAGGACGAUUGGCGUCAUUACCAAGAUGGAUCUUGUCGACCCAGACCGAGGUGUCAAUGUCCUAUCAGAUAAGAAAUACCCUCUGCGCCUGGGAUAUGUAGGUGUUGUCUGCCGAAUCCCCCAAACAACCACCUUAUUCUCCAGAGGAAGUGGGAAUAUAACAAGUGCGAUCCUAAAAAAUGAGAAUGCUUACUUUUCGGCUCAUCCUUCGGAGUUUGGCUCUCAGUCUGACGUAUCGGUUGGUGUUCCCACAUUGCGCAACAAGCUCAUGCAUGUUCUUGAGCAGACAAUGGCAUCGAGCCUAGCUGGUACUAGGGAUUCCAUCAGUCAAGAACUUGAAGAAGCGACAUACGAGUUCAAGGUUCAAUAUAACGACCGGCCUUUGAGCGCCGAGUCCUACCUUGCCGAGAGCUUGGAUGGGUUCAAGCACUCUUUCAAGGCCUUCGCAGAAAACUUCGGUCGGCCUCAGGUUCGCGAAAUGUUGAAGAACGAAUUGGAUCAGCGAGUAUUGGAUAUUCUGGCGCAGCGGUAUUGGAACAAGCCGGUUGAUGACUUGUCUCUCUUGUUGCCUGAGCUGGAUCCCCUCAGUGACCUUCCCAAGGCGGAUUCAGAAUCGCAGUAUUGGCGACGUAAACUUGACGCCUCAACCUCCUCGCUUACGAAGCUUGGUAUUGGGCGGCUUGCCACGACUGUGGUCGCUAAUGCAAUCCAAAGUCAUGUUGAUCGUUUACUAACCAACUCCACAUUCGCAACCCACCCCUACGCUCAAAAGCAGAUUGUGGAGGCCUGCAACAGCAUACUGAAUGACCGGUUUUUCAGUACGAGCGAUCAAGUCGAGAACUGCAUCAAACCGUACAAAUUCGAAAUCGAAGUCGAAGAUCCUGAAUGGGUCAAGGGCAGAGAAAAUGUCAGCAAAGUACUAAAGGAGGAACUUCGAGCAUGCGAGGCCGCUUUGAGACGGAUCGAAGACUCCGUUGGUAAGAGAAAAAUCAAGGAUGUAAUGGCAUUCGUGGACAAAGUCCGCAAGGGAGAAGCCAUAUUGGAAGGCGAUGUUGCCAGCACCUCUGGUGCCGGUGGUUUUAGCGCUGCUCUCCUCGCCACUGGUCGUGAAAGUGUCUUCCUACGGGAUCGAGCCGAUCUCCUCAAAAUGAGGCUCCUUGCCAUCCGCUCGAAGCAGUGUGCCAACAAGAAAAACAAAUACUACUGCCCGGAAGUAUUCCUUGAUGUCGUCGCCGAUAAGCUCACCUCAACCGCUGUUCUUUUCCUCAACGUCGAACUCCUCUCGGAGUUCUACUACAACUUCCCCCGUGAACUGGACAUGAGAUUAGGCCGUCACCUCUCCGACGCCGAGGUCGAGCGAUUCGCACGUGAAGAUCCUCGUAUCCGGAAACACCUCGACGUGAUCAAGAAGAAGGAGCUGCUGGAGUUGGCGCUAGAGAAAAUCGAAAGCAUCCGACAACUCGACGGACGUAGUGGCGUGCAUAGGAGAUCCGACCAUCCGUUGGCCAACAAGGAACAGAGAAAUAGUGGGUGGAACCUAUUCAGUUAG